AUGGUUUCUAAGGAAGCCCUACGCAUCCUAGGCCUCUUGGCCAUUGUUGCUAUGAUCUCCACAGAAGUGGCAGCUAGGAACUUGGGUGAGACUUCCUCCAACCCUAGAAUCCAUGGUUCUUUGCCUAUUGAUUAUGCAAUUACUGAUCGAAUUGAUAAGACUUAUGUGGGUGAUAUCAAAUAUAACAAAAACGCUUGUCCGAAUGGAGUGGGUCCCAACUGCUUUAUUCCUGGUUUUGGUAUUCCUGGUUUCGGUAUGCCCGGCGGGGGCAUGCCUGGAGGUGGUGCACCCGGUGGUGGUGCUCCUGGUGGUGGUGCGCCUGGCGGAGGUGCUCCUGGCGGUGGUGCGCCCGGUGGUGGUGCUCCUGGCGGAGGUGGUCACGGUGGGGCACAUAUGGUGUAA